CUAAAAUAAAUCAAUUAGUCGAUUAAAGAUAAAUAACAUUCCAUCUCUUUCUCACAUUAUUUGUCAUCUCGUUUGCACAUCAAUUACUCUUCCACACACUUCUGGAAUAUUCGAGAGAAAAAGAAACAGGACGGCAACAUCGGACCUCUCGUUUCGAACAUUACAGAACCGCGAGGCGCGCGCGCGUGUCCGCGGCGCAGCUGCUGCUGCACUGCAUGCGCCAGGCGCCCGACUUCGUCUGCAUGAUCAACGGCGCCACCGGCGAGCAGACCACGAACCGCGAGAUGCUGGAGCUGGCCAUCCCUUUCGCGCGCAAGCUGCUCGCCCAGGGCCUGAAGGGGAAGACCGUGAUGCUGGUGGCGCGCGACCACGAGCGCACCGUGGCGGUGUUCCUGGGCCUGCUGCUGGCGGGCGUGCUCGCGUACCUCACUGAUCCUGGGGCCACUAAGUAUGAGUUGCAGCACUACUUGCGGCUCGUGGAGCCCGCGCUGGUGUUCUGCGACGAGGCGACGCAGGCGGCGGUGCGCGUCGCGACGGCCGACGCGCCCGCGCCCGCGCACGUGCUGCCCAUACACGACGACGCGCUGCUCGACUACAUCCAGGGACACACCGACGACCUUGACUCAUUCGAAGCAGUGGACGUCGAUAUGCACACGGCGGCGGCGCUACUGCUGCCGACGAGCGGCUCCACGGGGCUGCCCAAGGUGGCCUCGUGUCGCAGCUCGCCACCCCGUGAUGCAAUCAAUCCAGAUAGAGGUAUCUCCUGAGGAGUUAGAGAAGGGGAUCGGGCAAGUGCCGGGCGUGGCGGAGUGCGUGGUGAGCGACAGCGCGCGCGGGCCCGCGGCCGCCGUGGUGCUGCGCGCCGGCGCCAGCGAGCCCGACGCGCGCCGCGCCAUCCACCGCGUCGUCGAGACGACGCUGAGCGACCACAAGCGGCUGCGCGGGGGCGUCGCGUUCGUGGCCGCCAUCCCGCGCACGCACACCGGCAAGGCGCACCGCCAACGAGCCAAGGACCUCAUCCAGCGACUCGUGGAAGAAGGCAGUUGCUACUUUUAGAAAUAUUUCAAACGUCAUCAUCAUUUCAGUCUGAAAGUGAAAUUUUUAUGCAGCUAUUUUAUUACAGAUCUGACAUAUGAAAUGAGUCAAUCACAUGGAAGUAACAGUUCAUUAAUAAAUAUAUUUUUCUCGGUAUCUCAUAAGAAUAGAGUAGGCCUACUGUAAUUAUAGCAUCCUCUGUGAAUGUCGUGUCAAUAAAUUAUGGUCUUGUCAUUAAA